GUGACAUUACCCAUUCAACAUGCACCUUCUGUUGCAGCCAUGGGCGCGUGGUUCAGCCGCAAUGACCGCCGCUCACGGCGGCUGUUGAUGAUUGGCCCAGCGUAUGCGGGGAAAACGACCCUACUGUAUCACUUCAAGCUGGGUGAACAUGUGCAGGCCAUACCAACAGUUGGUUACAACGUGGAGGCGGUGAGAUUUCAGAACACAAACUUCACUGUCUUCGACAUUGCCGGGAAAGACCGCAUUAUGAGGCUGGGCAACAUCUAUGCUGAUCGAUCUGCUGAUGGUCUCAUUUUUGUGGUCGACAGCUCGACGAGCUCUCAAGAGGCAGCUCGGUUUAGGAUUGAAUUUCCCUGUCGCAAACGUGCCGAUGCCAUCCGAGACGGUAGCUUGAAACCAAACCAGCUGUGUGAUGAGCAGGAUGCAUUACCGCCACCGGAAGAGCAAGAUGCUCAGCCUGUGCGGGCCUGUGCGGUUGCCGGGAGGCCCGCCGUCCUCGAGCGCAUCACCCAAUGGGAAAGUGUGGUCAACACCCUGAAGGCAGCCAUUGCGGUUGCGACAUGGGACGACCCACAGGUGCUCUUGCGAGAGAUGGAGGGAUGCCGCCUACCCCUGGCGAAUAUCGUCGAGCCGAUGCUGGGUGGUGGCAAUGCUGAAGGGGCAUACGACACGCUCGCGGAGGUCUACAAGAACACGCCCGAUGGGUUUUUGGCCAUGUGCCCCUACCCGCCGGGAGGCGAGGUCGACCUGCUGAUCGUAUCAGACUCAUCUCUUGCUCUGGUACCUGACCCCCAAGCAGGGAAGGCUUCGUGUUUUUCCGGAGGCGAUCUUUUGAAGCCCUGGGGAGACAUCCGUGGCAUUUACACAAAAAUGUUGUGGGGCAAAGGUUUGAACCACAUGGUGCAGUACAUCCCCGAGGCCAUCGACGACAUCGAGUCCACCAAUCGUGCACAUGGUCGCCCGGUUUUGCCGGUGUUGGUCAUCGUGGGGUGGGCCGGCAAUGAUGUGUUUGGCGAAGGGGGUUACAGAGGUGUCCAUUGGAUCCACAGGGCUGCCUACAACAAGUCUGCUGCCGACCGGGAGGUCACGGCCAACUGGUGUGAGCGGCAAAAGGCAAGAGUCGAGCGGUCCGUCAACGAACUGGGCCAGCUCAAACGUGAUGAGCCUCGGAUCCUGGACAUCGUGGUCGUUGGGAACGCUGACGCGGAAAUCUUUGCUCUCCCGUCAGCCUACAAUGAGACCAUGCGGGUCCACAUCAGGGCACUUCGAGAGGACCAUGGUAUUCAAACUUUGGACACCACCUUGAUGCUUGCCAGAACUGUGAGAUAUGACAAGGUGCAUUUGGAAGACGACGACAUCAACCGGAAGUAUGUCACCAACUUCCUCCAAGCCGUCGCUGAUUGCCACCUUGCCUACCUCAAGCUCAUCAGCGUCGACGAUCACUUGAGAACGCUCCCAAGAAUUGACGAUCUCCAGGAGCAGAAGAACUACCCGAACCUCACCAUCCUCAAGGCCGCGUACCAGCUUGAAAUCGAUUCGAAUGUAUCCUCUCCAAAAGAUCUUCCUCAGCGACCUGAUCCUGAGAAGCUCAUGUUGGAUGCAGAUAUCGAGAUUUUCAACUGGGUGCUUCAAGCUGAGGAGAGCGCCACAGCCUCUGCCGACCGGGAGGUCGAGUCCUGGUUGCGUGACAUUCCUGAAGAGGACCAGGCAUUGGAACCAAUGCACCAUGACAACGCUGAUUCGGACGAUGAGGCUGUCAAAGUUCAGGCCCUCACCAUGGAUGAUCGAAUUUUGGCGAGGCGAAAAGGCCUUUCAGAGGAGCACGACCAAGAAUGGCAAGAUGCCACCUAUGCGGCUGAGGAUGAAGACGAGGACUUCAAAGGGUGGGACCUCAUUGAGGAUGACAAACGCCCGCCGGGAGUCGUGGCCAGUGACCCAGUACAUGAAGAGGAAAAGGAGCUGGACCUUGACGACCUCGAGACGGUGGCUUCGGUGGAGAUUGUCGAUGAAGAGGAGUUCCACGACGCUGAGGAGGGGCAGUCUGAUGCACGGGGGGACCCGGAGCCCAUGGAUGUUGAUGAUCAGGGCAACAAGAUGGUCCAGAGUACGGCAUCAGCGAAGACCUGGAAGACGGAGAUGGCCCAGAGCUCGUCAUCGGCAAAGACGUGGAAAACUGACAUGGCUCAGAGCACCUCAUCUGCAAAGACAUGGCGAACUGACACCACUGCAGCUGCUGCUGAACAGUUUGACACGUCGAAAUUUGCCUCAGCGCAGGAUCUGGUUUGGAUUGAGCCGGACAACAUGGCAGGAGUUCCUGUGCGCAAGGUGGACUACGGGAGGCUUGGAUCAAUUUCCCAUGCUAUGUCCGACUACCUCCGUGGCCAUCGAAUGUUUCACAGGAGGCCAUCACCUGAGAUUCGGAGGACUGAUUUGUCAAUGGACUUCAAGGCAUUGGUGAGGCAUCUCCAAGGAGAUUUUGCGCACCUUCGAGAAGAAGAAGUUUUGAUGGUUGUGCGCAACUCUCCGAUGCGUCGCUUCAGAGUCCAGGUGAACGGCUUGUCGUCCGGAAAGCUCAGGUGGACGCCAGUGAGGAUCAGGGCCAUUCAGGGUCAUCGGGCCUUUCUCGUGGAGCAAGGGGGGAUGUCAAGCAUGAUCAAAACGAUGUUCACUUUUGAUGAGAACUUCGACCAGACCAAGAUCGACGACCCAACGGUCCACCCCGCAUUCUCCGCGAUGCCGGAAGGCUCGCCUGAAGUCCUCAAGCAGGCCAAGGCCGAGUUUGAUCCGACGGAUGUUCUCAUGAGCCGCAUGGAAAUGUUGAUGGAAAAUGCCCAGUUGAACUUUGAAGGCAUCAAAGAGCGCAUUGAGUUCGGCAAGCUCCUCCCCUUUUCCAGGCGUGAAGACAUUGAAGUCGAGAAGAGUACUGCCACCCGGGAGGGUGAGCCGGCAUCAGGUUCUCAGCUGGUGCCCGGCUACACCGUUGGAAAGAUGGCCGCCAUGACAAGCACGGAUGCCUGUGGCUUCCAACGUCGUGGACGGAAUGGACCCGGUGGUGGAAAUUGGAGUCGUGGGCAAGGUCGACACGGAUUUGAGUUGCAAUUCAAGGACAUUUCCUACAACCAGAUCCAAGACACGCCUCAGGUACGUUGUGGCCAUCCGAUCUGUGGAUAUCUGAUGGUGGAUGGGCAUUUGAAAUGCCCGCGCUGCUCCCGGCAGAUGGAACCCGUGACCGAUGCCAACAUCGCCACGGAAGUUGCCCGCCGGGAGGCGAUGGCCCGUACCAGAGGAGUGCCCUUCUCCAUGGACAAGGUGAUCUUCAACCACCCGCGAAGAGGCAGAGUAGCCAGGCAGCCGGAGAAGGGAUCAUCAUCUUCUUCGACAGCCAUCCGGACCAGAAGCACCUAUGGCAACUUGAGAGACAUGGCCAAGAACUACGUCAGAUCUUUCAAGAAAAGGGGCUUCAAAGACCUUGUUGACCGACUCGUCCGCGACCCGUUCUUUCAGUUCAAUGCGGCGAAUCAAAACUUGGUGCCGGAGGCCUUGCUCUUCAUUGAGCGUUUGGCUGGCUGCGUGAGCCCGACCAUUGAGCGCACCAAAGCUCAGGUUCUUGGCGAAAAGCUUGAGAUGGCCACCAAGUUGAUCUUUGUGCCAUCGUCGGAGCGGGAGCCCGACCAACCCUUGGAUCUUCACACCGAGGUGUUUGUGUCGCAUCGGGGCGUCUUUCUCGACAUUGGCCAAUUCGCAGUCUACGUGGCGAAGUUCAUCAAGCCAAGGCAAAGACCUCUACCCAUUGUUUAUGGAUGGGGCAAUCGUGACUUUGUGCCUGAUGCUUCAGAUGCCAAAGAGAUCGCGAAAGAAUUGGUGGAGUUCAGCAAGCUGCAAUGGUCGAACUUUGCCUCCCAACAGACGCACAAGGAGUCUGAGACCACCGGCGACGACCGGGAGGUCAGUCUUCCUCAUGCAAGUGCAGCCAUCAGCCGACCUGAACAUGAACGACCCCAUCACGAGCAGUUUGAACCGAAUCUUGGCAAGCCUGCUCGCGGCGGUCCUUACGGCCAGGGUGGUGGUGGUGGAAAAGGUCAUCACAAAGGUGGAGGACAGACCAAAGGGAAGGGACAGCAGAAGGGGAAGGGCAAGCAAGGCAGAAGCCCACCGGGAGGUGUGGCCUACGGUGACUUUGAAGGAGAUUCCUUCUGGGUUCAGGGCUAUCGCUACACGUGGUACUGGAAUCAACAGCGAGGCUGGUACUGGCGCUGGACCUGA